AUGGACGACCUUCCGGAUUGGGUAUUGAUGGAAAUUUUGGUUUUACUGCCAUUAUGCACGGUUGUGUUGACUUGCAAGUGGGUAUCAAAGCGCUGGUUUACUCUUAUCUCUUCUCCUUAUUUUGCUCGCCGCUUUGUUGCACAGCACUCACAGCAGCCACAGCCCUUUACCUUGCUCUACCAGUACGGUGAUAUCGACGAUGUCGAGCAACGUCUUCCCAUAACACCGGCAAAUUCUGAGUCUGAAUGUGAAUUGAAACCUGUCGCUGCUUAUCUACGCGAUCGUCACAGGGGUUGGAUUCGAGCUUCGUGUAAUGACUUGCUGUUAUGGAUCGAAAGUAGUAAGUGGGUGGUGGAGCAGCAGCAGCCUGGUGAUUUGAAAAACGUAGUCGUUUACACUGUCAUCAAUCCAAUAACUAGGCAAUGUCUCAAGCUCCCUCCACGUCCACUUCCUUUUCCUCAACCUUUAUUGCCGCUACGGGCUGGGAUCAUCAGCGGCUAUGACGACAGUAAUGAUACACAAAUCAGUUCUAGUUUCAGGGUGGUGCUCAUUCUUAGCACACGCACCAACUUAAGCCAAUUUAACAUUCACGUUUUCUCGUCUGACACCGGUGAAUGGGGCGACUCCAUGGUUUUGUGUCCACCCAACCUGGGUGAAUUUCGAUGGUCUCUAACUUCUAUUCACACUGUACCCUAUAAAGGUUUGGUUUUUUGGCCAAUUAGUGGUGGCCGUCUUCUCGGGUUCGACCCGUUCAACAUCAACAGCAGCACAUGUUGUGUGAUUGAGCAGCCUGUAGAAUUUGAGCCAUUCCAUGAAAUCAAUUGCCUUGGACUGUGUCACGGCUGCCUGAGGACAUGUCAGUUCUCAGGUAAUGUGCAUACCGGUUUACGCGUUUGGGAGCUCAAGGACUUUGAUAAUGAAAAUAAUGGAAGCGGAGCAGGAGGUAAAUGGUGUUUGAAGCACGAGCUGUGUUUCAGCCAAAUGGUUUCAGAAAAAUCUCCUUCGCUCACAGAAUAUAUAAACGACCGGAUUUGGAUUAUCCCUCUUGAUAUCUCGGUGCUAGCUUUUCAUCCCAAUGAUGGGGAUAUCAUGUAUUUGUUGAUUCAAUCGAAGGUUGUCAUAUGCAACUUGCAGAGUAGAACCCUCGAAGUCUUUUGUGAUAUUAAUCACAGCGAACACGGUUUUUUUACUACCCCCAAUACCUUAACCUUUGUGCUACCAUCUUGGCCAACUCCCAUUCCUUCUUCUCCCUUAGAGAAACAGAAUGUCAUUUGCCGCCUACCCCAAUAG